AUGCCAAAAAUAUAUCUUAAUCAUAAAGAGGGCGAUUACACUACCAAAGAUGUUAAGGUUACAGUGGAACCUUAUCCAUUUUGUAAAAUAUUUAAUAGGUACACGCAUAAACCAGAAAAAGCCGAUUGGAGACCAGGAACUAAAAUUACACUAUUAAAAUCGAAUGGUUCUUUUAAACAAGAAUACUCUAUUUAUUUAGGUAAUCGUAGGUAUUAUUUCCGUUCUUUGGAGUCAGCAUCUGUUUAUUUUAACAGAUAUGACUCCAAAAAUGCAAAUCCGUUAAUAUUAGUGCUAUUAUUUAAAGGUAGUAAUUUACCGCAAAGAAAAUAUCUUGCAUUGUCCAAAUUUCUUAAUCGAUCUGGAUAUUCGAUUGAUAGUUUAGAUAACUAUGAAGAUGAAGCGGACAUACUUCCAAUAUUAAUUAAAGAAAACAAGGAAACAAACAAACAAAUAACAUUCAAAAUUGAACCACCUUUAGGUAAAUCAAAUGUUAUAAAACACCAAGAAAACAUUGGAACCAUUUUUGAAAGAGUAACAUUUAUGGCUAAUACAAGUCCACAAAAAAUCAGUAAGUCAAAUGGGAUAUAUGAGUUGUAUUGUUCUACAUUGCUAGAAAAUGACAAAAGCAGUAUUGAUAAACAAACUGUUAGUCAAUAUAAUUCACAAACAUUUAACGCCGUUUGUGUGUACUAUCAUAAAACAGAGAAAAUAGCUCUGCUAAUAGAGUUUGUUGCAAAUUAUGUGUUAAAGCUUCUACGCAGAAAAAAAAGUAACGGCGAUAGCAAAUGGGUAGAAGAUAACCUUAAUAUUCCAUAUUUGUGUAAUGAUGAUUUAACUAAAUACCUGAAAAUUAUUCUAUUUUGUUUGAAAAACAAAAUAAUCAUACGGUUGGAUAAACAGGGUGAAUAUACGGAGAACCAGGUAGUAGAUACUGUAAAUAAUAAUGACCAAUCACCAGAGAAAAAUAAAAAAAUAAUUCCCACUAAAAGCUGCACUACUCAUCCAAAAAAAUAUAAUGGCUAUGUAUGUUAUAAUCACAAUCUGAAAGAUUAUUAUGAUAAAAACCUUGAAAAUAUAGUAGGUAAGCUUGAGUCAAGUUCCACAUUCAAUUUUGAUAUAUACUUGGAAAUAGUUUUUAUGAUUUUCAACAAAAAGAUUUCAAUAUGCAGUUCAUCACACAAAGAGUAUUUGUUUUACAAGCCUGGUCCAGGUCCACCCGGAGAUAAUGUGUACGUAUACUUUUACGAAAAAAGUGAACAAGAUGACCGACCAGACACAGUACCUCUAAUGCUGGAAUUUGAUAAAAAUUUUUAUGGGCCUUAUAAAAAGGAAGAUUACUUUAAAGAAUGGAGCAAGAUAGAUAAUAGUAAACAUCAACUUGAUAUCUCUAAUCCGAAUGACCAUAUUAAAUCUGAGUUGGAUAAAUUUAACAAAUCACUUAAUCAGAUAUGUUUGAAAAAGACUGAUGAUUAUGGAAUUACUGGCUUAAACGGUGUCACCAAAAAUGGAGAAUCAAAUUUUGAUCCUGUUCGAGUUCGUGUACUUAAAAACAAGAUACCAGCCUUUCGUGAAUUUGACCCAAUUCGUUCUGAUAACAUUCAUUGUGAAUACAGUGUAUACUCAAAAAACAUUCACAGCACUGUUAAUACGUUCCAACUAGGGGCUAUUGACUACAAUGGCAAAAAUGUUAAUGUUAAAGAAAACGGCAAGCAGACUACAAGUGGAACGUUACAGGUAACAUCUGGCCAGAAUCAACUGACCGUGUACUAUCUAACUAAGGACCAGAAUUAUGAGUAUCCACUUCUAAUUGGAAUAGGUAAAAAAUACAUUAUUGACGAUUUUUAUAAGCUUAUAUCAAAAAAUUCAGAUUAUGUAUGGGAAAAAAUUAAAGAUGAAGAAAAAUUUCCUUUGAAAGGAGGAACUGUUAACCCCGAAAUUAUCAAAUUGUUAGAUAAAAUUAAUUAUUCUCUUAAACAAGCAGCCGUAAUAGAAAUAGACAAAAGGAGUUCCUAUGUGUUAAAAGCCACGUCCAUUACUUCAAGUUCUGAAUCUUUUUUGCCAAUAAAUGAUCACAAUGUAAUAGUUGCUCAAAAGCAUGCCUGUGAACCCUUAUGGGAGGCUGGAUACAGGCGCCUUUUUCACAAUAUAUCUGAAAUAAAAAAUUUCGACUACUGUUUAAUUGGAAGUAUAAAGUUUUAUACACAUGUAGUAUUAUCAAAAGAAGAUAGCCCUGUAAAAAAAAUUAAUAAGGGAAUAAAACUGUAUAAAAUCAGAAACAGUGACAACAAAAUUAGAGAAAAAAUUCUUACUGCUACCUCUUUUGUUGAAAUAGAAUCUUAUCUUAAUGAAUAUACACCUAUUUAUUACAGCAGUUGUAGGCCUGAAGUUUUUGUGUAUUUCUACAGAGAUGACCCUAGGCCAGGGUUGCUGUGUUUUGGUAACACUACAUAUAAACCAAUAAAAUUGCCUCAAUUGAUUGAAAGUGAAUUUCCGUAUACAACUGAAGAUUAUACAAACUGGGUCGGUAUACGAAGAACUAAAAAAUGUGUCUGUGAAAAUGAAAUGGAACUUAAAUUUCUGACCGAAGUGUUGGACGGAUUAUAUUUUUCCAGCCAAUUUGAAAAAUUUAUAAGUGAAUACUGGGUAACUUUAUCAGCUGGAGCAGGCGGUGGAGUUAUAGGUGUAGGCGGCGUAGCCGGAGGAGGUUAUCUUCUGUGGACAUAUUUUGCAGAAGUUUCACCUCUACAUCAAUUGAAAUUUGUGAAAUAG